AGGGCCUUUUCAUUUUUUUCUGCCUGGUGGAUGAGUUCAGGCAAAUCUUAUAUGUUUUCGUUAUCAUGAUCCCUUCUUCUUUUUUCUCUCUUCCUGAUCAAGAAAUCGAAGAAACACAGUUGAUAAAACCUGUCUGAAUAAUUAAGAACCCAACUAAAAAGAUUCAAUCUUUACUUCAUUCUCACCCUUAAAAAUAUAAUUAAAGAUUCCAUCUUCACACAUUUUUUCCUAAUUUUUUAAUUCCCAACAUAUAUAAUUGAAGAAAGAGAGAGAGAGAGAGAGAGAGAGAGACAGAGACAGAGUGGAAGCAACAGAGAACGAUGAGACCUGCCCCAAGUACCAUCCAACAGACUCUGACGCCGGAAGCCGCCACCGUAUUAAACCAAUCAAUCUCAGAGGCAUCACGUCGCAGCCACGGCCAAACAACACCUCUCCACGUGGCAACCACUCUCCUCGCCUCUCCCUCCGGUUACCUCCGGCGAGCCUGCAUCCGAUCACAUCCCAACUCUUCGCACCCGCUCCAGUGCCGAGCCCUCGAGCUCUGCUUCAGCGUCGCACUCGAGCGUCUCCCCACCUCUACGACGGCUCCGGGGAACGACCCGCCGAUCUCCAACGCGCUCAUGGCGGCGCUGAAGCGAGCGCAGGCUCAUCAGCGGCGCGGAUAUCCGGAGCAACAGCAGCAGCAGCCGUUGCUGGCGGUUAAAGUGGAGCUGGAGCAGUUGAUUCUAUCGAUUCUGGAUGAUCCGAGCGUGAGCCGGGUCAUGCGGGAAGCUAGCUUCUCUAGCCCCGCGGUUAAAGCGACGAUAGAACAGUCGUUGAGUAAUAACAGCAAAACGACGCCGAGUCGAAGCGUUUUGAUGACGCGGAACACGUAUGGCGGCAACACACAGUUGCAACGAUCAGGGGUUAAUGAAAACGACGACGUUGAGAGGGUGAUGGAUAUAUUGGGCAGGGGGAAGAAGAGGAACCCGGUUUUAGUCGGUGAUUCGGAGCCGGGUCGGGUUACCCGCGAGGUUUUUAAGAGAAUCGAGAGCGGGGAAGCAUCGGCGGUGGUGAAGAGCUCAGAGGUUGUGAAUUUCGAGGAGAUUGGUUCGGUGAGAAUCAGGGAGCUAGACGGGUUGCUGGAGACCCGGAUAGAGAAGAACUCGGAUACUGGAGUGGUUCUCAAUCUUGGAGACUUGAAAUGGCUCGUGGAGGGGCAACCGAGCUCGGCGGUGGGGGAGCUACGUAGGCUUCUGGAGAAAUACGAAGGAAGGUUGUGGUUUAUAGGAACCGCGACGUGCGAGACUUAUCUAAGAUGUCAAGUUUAUCAUCCGUCGAUGGAGAGUGAUUGGGAUCUUCAAGCUGUUUCGUUGGCUUCUAAAUCUCCGUCGUCAGGACUUUUCUCUAGGCUUGGGAACAGUUUGGGAUCGUCGGCUCAAUCAUUCACGCCGUUGAAGAGCUUCGUGCCUCCCAACAGGACAGUGAAGUGUUGUCCGGAGUGUUCGCAGAGUUGCGAGCGAGAGCUGUCUGAAGUUGAUUCAUUGUCUCAAGAAGUUAAAACAGAAGUAGCUCAGCCGAAACAGUUGCCACAAUGGCUAUUGAGUGUUAAACCGCAAGCAAAGAUUGAAGAAGUGCAGAAGAAAUGGAAUGAAGCGUGUGCGCGUCUUCAUCCUAGCUUUCACAACAAGACCGAGAGGAUCGUUCCGGUCCCGGUUCCGAUUCCUAUACCGUUGACAACAAGCUCCUACGGUCCCAACAUGCUUCUUCAGUCUAAGUUCCAACCUAACAGAGAGUUGCGUGAGAGGGUACCCUUGAAACCUAUGAGCUCUUUGGUGGAAGAACAAGGAAAAAAGAAGAAGAGUAGUCCUCCCGGGAGUCCGGUUCAGACUGAUCUUGUUCUUGGACGGACAGAGGUUUCGGAGAAGGCAGAGGAUGUGCAAGUGAGAGACUUCCUCGGCUGCAUAUCGUCCGAAUCAGUAGUACUGAACAACGACAAGAUCAGUGUACUUGAGAACUCUCUAGACAUUGAUUUGUUCAAGAAGCUUCUGAAAGGAAUGACAGAGAAAGUCUGGUGGCAGCACGACGCAGCCUCUGCGGUGGCGGCGACCGUUAGUCAGUGCAAGCUAGGUAACGGGAAACGACGCGGUGUUUUAUCGAAAGGAGAUGUUUGGUUACUCUUCUCAGGACCAGACAGAGUCGGUAAGAGAAAAAUGGUGUCUGUUCUGUCUUCUCUCGUAUACGGGACCAAUCCUAUAACGAUCCCGCUCGGUUCGAGACAAGACGGCACAGAUGGGAACCAUAACAUCCGUGGUAAGACCGUGGUGGAUAGGAUCGCGGAAACCGUUAAGAGGAGUCCGUUCUCCGUUAUAUUGCUUGAAGAUAUCGAUGAAGCUGAUAUGUUGCUGCGUGGAAGCAUCAAACGAGCGAUGGAUAGAGGGAGGAUAACCGAUUCUCACGGCCGUGAGAUCAGUUUAGGUAACGUGAUCUUUGUCAUGACAGCGAGCUGGCAUCUUUCUACGAAAACGUGUUCCCUUGAUAGUGAAGAGAAGCUACGUGACUUGGCGAGUGAGAGGUGGAGUUUGAGGUUGUGUAUGCGGGAGAAGAUCGGGAAACGUAGAGCCAGCUGGCUGUGUAGCAGCAGCGAGGACGAGAGGGUGGCGACUAAACCGAAGAAAGAAGGUUUAUCGUUCGAUCUAAACCAAGCUGCUGAUACAACGGACAGUACCAGCGAUCUAACGACGGAUAACGAUCAAGAAGAGCAAGGUUUUAGCGGGAAGCUGUCUUUGCAAUGCGUGCCGUUUGCGUUCCACGAGCUGGUUAGCCGUGUAGACGAUGCGGUGGCGUUCAGGGCGGUUGAUUUCGGAGCUGUGAGACGGAGGAUCUCGGAUACGUUGUCGGAGAGGUUCACGGCGGUUGUAGGCGAGUCUUUGUCGAUGGAAGUGGAGGAGGAGGCGCUUCAGAGAAUCUUGAGCAGUGUAUGGUUAGGGCGGAUGGAGUUAGGGGAGUGGAUUGAGAAGGUGAUUGUUCCGGUUUUGAGCCAGGUUAAGGCUCGAGUGACUACUUCCGGUACUUACGGUGACCGUACGGUUGCUCGGCUGGAGCUAGAUGAAGGUUCUUGUGAACGGAGCGGUUGUGAUAUACUGCCGACGAGUGUUACGUUGGCAAUGUGAGCGAGUAAAAAAAACAGAGAUUGAGUUUUUUGUUAAUGGGACUGUGGAAGGGUAGAGAUGUAAAUAUGUCUCAACUGGUUUUUGGCGGGGAGUAAAAGAAAACAGUUAACUGUUAGAAAGAUGUUUAUAGUUUUUUUUGUUCGACAGUCUAGUUUUUGUGUUAAUGUAAGGAGGGGUGAUAGAUUAUAGAACUCUAGAUUAUAUAUAUUUAUUUGAUAGGUAUAAAAUGAAUUAUUAAUAAAGUUUAAGUAUUUUUUCUA